CAGGCGGCGCUGUGGGCAGAGCGAGGCGGGUGUUGUUGUGCAGGCGAGUGGUGGUUUGGGUUUUGCUUGGGGGUUCUGGGAUUCUUCCGGCGGAGUCGGUGGUGCCCUUCGGAGCGGGGAGGUGGAGAGACCCUGGCGAGUAGGAAAAUGCCUGACCUAGCCUCGGCCUUUGCUCCUGCGUAAAAGCCCCCCCGGGGAGGUAGGGGAGGCCCCGGUGCGGGAUUGGUGCGGGCUGGGGUGCCUGCGGUUGAGUAAGGCCGGCUGGCCGUCCCCCUUCGUGGGUGCUACGGGACGUGAAGCAGCGGAUUUGUCUCUCACAGAACAUGGAUUCACAGAAGGAUGUUCAGCCUCCAAAGCAGCAGCCAAUGAUUUACAUCUGUGGAGAAUGUCAUACAGAAAAUGAAAUAAAGGCAAGAGAUCCCAUCAGAUGCAGAGAAUGUGGCUACAGAAUAAUGUACAAGAAAAGGACAAAAAGAUUGGUGGUUUUUGAUGCCCGAUGAUGUCUGCUGAAGAUACAGUGAUGUCAUACGGCAGUUUAAUCUUUCUGAUAAGUUUGCUUUGUAAAUUCAUUCAUGUACAAAUGCACACUGUUAUUUGUGUUCUAAGAGAUUGAAAUAUUAAAGUUUACUGCUAUACUAAA